AAGCUCUGGAAGUAUAUAAGACAUGCCGUUGGCACCAGGAAACAUACGAGAAUCAUUCAGGAGCAUCUGAAACAAGAACUUGAAGUCUUCACUGAUUUAAAUCUCUCCGCAGAAAUGACUGGAGCCGCUGUAUCCGUGUGCCUUCUUUUUCUUGUGUCUCUAUGUUCGGCGUGUUACAUCUCAAACUGUCCCAUUGGUGGGAAGAGGUCCAUCAUGGAUGCACCCCUUCGCAAGUGCAUGUCCUGUGGCCCAGGAGACAGGGGCCGCUGCUUCGGCCCCGGUAUCUGCUGCGGUGAGGGCCUGGGCUGCCUGCUGGGCUCCCCAGAAACAGCUCACUGUGUGGAGGAGAACUACCUGCUGACCCCCUGCCAGGCAGGAGGGAGACCAUGUGGAUCUGAGGGAGGACGUUGUGCAGCUGCAGGUCUCUGCUGUGAUGCAGAGGGUUGUGCCACCGACCAGUCCUGUGACGAGGAAGGAGAUGAUUUCGAAGGUACUGACUCCAGUGACAUCAUCCUAAGGCUGCUGCACCUGGCCGGUCACGCCUCUCCUCAUCAAAUCCACAAGUGAGCUGUUUCUGACGCAGGCCCCAGGAAACUAUCCCAGAUGUUGAGCUGAAAUUGGACUAGUUGUAGUUCAAAUCUUUGUAUUUCUAUGUUUGUCAUCAUCACUCUGAAUUUGCUCUAUCUGUAUUUCUGUAGAGUGCCUUUGUCAAUAUAUUUUUCUGUAUGAAAAUGGGAUGAAUAUGGACAGCGGUCAUCCAGAUAUCUGCAUGUUGAAAUAAAGUUUUGAGAGAGU